AUGUACUGUAUCCUUGGCCUCUGCUACCAGAUACAAGGAGUACCCCUCAGUUGUGACAACCAAAAAUGCCCCUGCAUCACAAAAUCUCCCCUGGUUGAGAAUCAGUACAUUCUCAUAACCCCUUAUAAUGUGUCUGCUGCAAAUCCUGAGACUCCAAACUCUACCAUCUCCAGAGAGGCCAGCACUCAGUCUUCAUCAGCUACAACCAGCCAAGGCUAUGUUUUACCAGAAGGCAAAAUCAUGCCAAACACCGUUUUUGUUGGUGGAAUUGAUGUUAGGAUGGAUGAAACCGAAAUUAGAAGUUUCUUUGCUAGAUACGGUUCAGUAAAAGAAGUGAAGAUAAUCACGGAUCGAACUGGUGUGUCCAAAGGCUAUGGAUUUGUUUCAUUUUAUAAUGAUGUGGAUGUGCAGAAGAUAGUAGAAUCACAGAUAAAUUUCCAUGGUAAAAAGCUGAAACUGGGACCUGCAAUCAGGAAACAAAAUUUAUGUGCUUAUCAUGUGCAGCCGCGUCCUUUGGUUUUUAAUCCUCCUCCUCCACCGCAGUUUCAGAGUGUCUGGAGUAAUCCAAACACUGAAACUUACAUGCAGCCUCCAACCAUGAUGAAUCCUAUAACUCAGUAUGUUCAGGCAUAUCCUCCUUAUCCUAGUUCACCAGUUCAGGUUAUCACUGGAUAUCAGCUGCCUGUAUAUAAUUAUCAGAUGCCACCACAGUGGCCUGCUGGGGAACAAAGGAGUUAUGUUAUACCCCCGACUUAUACCGCUGUUAACUACCACUGUAAUGAAGUUGAUCCAGGAGCUGAAGUUUUGCAAAGUGAAUGUUCAGUUCAUGAAGCUACUCCAUCCUCUGGAAAUGGCCCACAAAAGAAAUCUGUGGACAGAAGCAUACAGACUGUGGUAUCUUGUCUGUUUAAUCCAGAGAACAGACUGAGAAACUCUCUUGUUACUCAAGAUGACUACUUCAAGGAUAAAAGAGUACAUCACUUUAGAAGAAGUCGGGCAGUGCUUAAAUCUGUUUGA